AUGUGCGAGGCACCGCGACUCGGCUACCGCGCCGGCUCCGGCAACGCGGCCGCCGCCGCCGCCGCUGACGUCGACGUGGUCACCACCGGCGGCCGCCGGAGGAUCCCCGCGCAUUCCUCUGUUCUGGCCUCGGCGUCGCCGGUGCUCGGGAGCAUCCUGGAGCGGCGCCUCCAGAAGGACAGGGAGAGCGGCAAGCCCGGCAGGUCCGUCAUCCGGAUCCGCGGCGUCACCGACGACGCGGCGGCCGCCUUCGUCCGCUUCCUCUACGCCGGCAGGUGCGGCGACGGCGGCGAGGAGGAGGAGGAUGACAUGGAGAAGCACGCGGUGCAGGUGCUGGUGCUGGCGCACGCGUACCAGGUGCCGUGGCUGAAGCGGGCGUGCGAGGGCGCCAUCGGCGCGCGCCUCACCGCAGAUUCGGUGGUGGACGUGCUGCAGCUGGCCGACCUCUGCGACGCGCCGCGCCUGCACCUGCGCUGCGCCAGGCUGCUGGCCAAGGAGUUCGCCGCCGUGGAGCGCACCGAGGCCUGGCGCUUCCUGCAGGAGAACGACCCCUGGCAGGAGCUCCACGUCCUGGAGCGCCUGCACGAGGCCGACAUGCGGCGGCGCAAGUGGCGGCGGAAGCGCGAGGAGCAGCGCGUGUACGUGGAGCUGAGCGAGGCCAUGGACUGCCUGGACCACAUCUGCACGGAGGGCUGCACGGAGGUCGGCCCGGCGGGGCGGGCGCCGGCGCCGGCGCCGUGCGCGCGCUACGCCACGUGCCGGGGCCUGCAGCUGCUCAUCCGCCACUUCUCCCAGUGCCACCGCAAGAGCUGCGCGCGGUGCCAGCGCAUGUGGCAGCUGCUCCGCCUCCACUCCGCGCUCUGCGACCGCCCCGACCGCUGCGACACCCCGCUCUGCAUGAGGUUUAAGCAGAAGGAGCAGGAGAAGGCGGCAGCCAAGGCCGGCGAUGAUGGCGACAAAUGGGGGCUUCUAGUGAAGAAGGUGAAGGCUGCCAGGGUCUUCUCUUCUCUAGCCAACAGGAAGCAGACGAGCACCUCCACCCAGUGCUGA